AGACACCUGCAUGUACCUUCCGCUUCAGCCACAGAUACCAUCCGCGCGCUGAGGCCGAGGUGCCAAGCCAAUCUUGUUGAUUCUCUUCAGGUCUUUCACCGCUCAGCCUUUUUCACUAGUUCUUCACGGCUUCCUCGUUUUAGAACUCAAACUGCGGCCAGCUACCGUGAGUCAUACUAAAACUGCAUUGAGGUUUGUCUCCGAUCCGACCACGACCACGACCGAACACUGCCAGUGAUGGCGCCAUAAUGGUAGCCAAUGACUACUACAAUUCGCCGGGCCGACUCCUGUGGAUUUAUAAUUAUGAUACAGUCCUGCCAGUGAGUACCAGUCCUAUCAGCCCACCGUCAGUAGUCUCAUGACCAUCAUCGACAAUGUCCUGGACUCUGAAGUCCUCGCUCAAAGCGAAGAUGCGCAACAUGAAGGAAACACUCUGUCAGCAGCGGGAGCGCCAAUAGAGAAGAGCAGUCCCUUGGGUUACAAGGUUACAUUACUGUCUUCUGUUAUGCUCAAUAUCGGGCAAAUACUCGGUGCAGGAAUAUACUCUGUUCCAGGCGUCAUAAUGAAUUCCGUUGGCUCCGUCGGCUUACUUUUCGUCUUCUGGCUAUUGGCUCCAUUAUUCGCACUCGGAGGCCUUAUGAUCUAUGGUGAAUUCGCGAGUAUGUUCCCAAAGAGAUCUGGGGCAGAAGUUGUGUACUUGGAGCAGGCGUAUCCUCGUCCACAGUUUAUGGUCCCAGUUAUGUUUGCUGUAACUUCAGUCCUUCUUUCUUUUAGCGCAACAAAUUCUAUUGUGUUUGCCCAAUACGCACUUACAGCUUUCGAUGUCCCCAUCACUCCCGGAAGACAAUCCAUUAUUGCCAUAGCUGUCUGUGCUGUGGGUAUGUCUUUCGUCGCCCUGUCAACGAAAUGGUCCCUAAGAGCCGUAAACUUUCUUACUGGGUUGAAGGUUCUUUCUCUUGUCUUCUUGGUCUUUACGGGCGCCCUCGUACUUGGCGGUUUCACUCACAUCAGCGAUCCGUAUGCCAAUUUCCGGUCCCCCUUCAGUGGGAGCACGACCAAUCCAAAUUCUUUGGCUACUGCCCUAGUCAAGACUAAUUUUGCAUUCGCUGGUUGGCACAACGCGUUUAAUGUCAUUGGGGAAGUCCAUACGCGUGAUCCUGUCCGCACAGUACGCAAAGCCGGCUUACUGUCGCUGCUUUUAGUCACCUGUCUUUUUUUCUUCGUCAACGUUGCUUACGUGGCAGCGGUGCCAAAGGACGAGAUAAAAAAUUCUGGACAACUCAUCGCGGCUUUAUUUUUCCAACGUGUAUACGGAGAGAGCUUCGCGGCCCAAACCAUGCCGAUCAUGGUUGCUUUAAGUUGCUUCGGCAACAUCAUCGCUGUGACUGUUGGUCAGGCACGCGUAUUACGUGAGAUUGCCCGCCAGGGGCUACUUCCGUAUCCAAGAUUUUUUGCAUCGACCAAGCCAUUCGGCACGCCAUUGGGACCUGUGUGUCUGAAGUACUUUCUUACAGUCUUCGUGAUAGUCGCCCUCCCAGCUCGAGAUGCAUUCAACUUCUUGUUAGAUUUGUCUUCUUAUCCGAAUUUGGUGUUCAAUGCCGCAACUGCUAUAGGAUUGUGGCUUCUUCGGAAGCGGCAAGCGCUUGCUGGCCUUGCGCCUUCGAAGUAUCGUGCGGGGAAUAUUUACGUUUCCCUUUACCUCCUCAGCGCAGUAUUUCUUCUCAUAAUGCCCUGGAUACCACCGGAACCUGGUCAUAGUGACGUGUCUUUCUGGUACGCAACUUACUGUGUGGUGGGUCUGGGUGUCCUUGCGGUGUGCGGAUUCUAUUACUGGCUGUGGAUUAUCGUCUUGCCAUGGCUAGGGGGAUAUACCAUCGUGGAGGAGGUGGACCGGUUGGAGGACGGCGCAUUGACUACACGGUUGACACGCAAAUAUCACCCUUCAGUUGAAACCGUUGAUAAUGGAGAGCAACAACCGCUCAUUGCCAGUACUUGAUGGACUGAAAUAAUUGUAGUAACACCCUAUAAUCUGAUGCUAAUACUCGUGAAUCCUCGUAUCAGUGGUUGAUAUCAAAAG